UAUUUAUUUAUUAUUCAAAUCAAUAUCAUUGCUUUCAUGUCGUAAUACACGGAAUUACAGUUAACUAAACCAGUUCUCCUCAGAUUUCUUCCCGAGACCUUGCCUACUGCUCUUAAGACUCACAAUUUGUAGUGCCAUGGAAUCUUUCGUUCUAAUUUUAGUUAUAUCACUGUUUGCAGAGAUUAGGUGUAAAAUGGAGCCGAUUGUCCUCGUCCACGGUGGUGCAGGUGAUAUUCCCGAUUCCAGGGUUUCCCUCAAAAUCACAGGAGUGAAAAAAGCCGCAUCUUUGGGUUACAAAGUUUUGAAAAAUGGCGGGAGCGUUGUCGAGGCUGUGGAAGAAGCUGUCAAGUCGAUGGAAGAUGACGAAGCUUUUAAUGCCGGAUAUGGGUCCGUUUUGAAUCUGGACGGCGACGUGGAAAUGGACGCCUCCAUCAUGCUUGGUUCAAACCUCCUCUCCGGGGGCGUAACCGUCGUCAAAGACAUCGCCCACCCCAUUUCCCUGGCCCGCCUUGUCAUGGAAAAAACGCCCCACUUUCUCCUCGCCGGAGCUGGGGCCAACCGCUUUGCCAAAGAACAAGGCGUUCCCUCCGUCCCCCCCGGCAGUCUAGUUUCAAAAUACGCAAAAGAAGCGUUGGAACACUUCAUGAAAUACGGCGAUAACGGCACCGAAAUGAGUGGUGUGGGAGAGGUGGGGACAGUUGGGGCGGUGGCAAUCGAUUCGAAAGGACGAUUGGCUGCGGCCACCUCCACGGGCGGGAUCACCGGCAAAAUGGCGGGGCGAAGUAGCGAUACCUGUAUCAUUGGGAGUGGCACUUAUGCUGACGAUAACGUGGGGGCUGUCUCAACAACUGGACAUGGGGAAAGUAUCGCCAGAUUUUGUCUCGCCCAUGCCAUUAUCUACGAAAUGAGGAAUGGGUCAAGUGCCAGUGAGGCCACGGCUAAGGCAUUGAAGGAAAUGAAGGGGCGGUUGCCCAACACUGCUGGGGCUAUCACCAUUUCGAAGAGUGGGGAGUUGGGGAUUGAUUUUACGAGUAGGAGAAUGGCGUGGGCAUACCAGGUCAAGGACGAGAUGCAUUUUGGCAUCGAACACGGGCAACACACCAAAGAAAAGGUUUAAUUGUUAAAACAAUCUACUUGUAUUGUAUUUAGACUAGAAAUAAAAAUUGUUUAAAAUUUA